GACGAGGCCGAGUGGGAACCGGCCUCCUGCGGGCUCUUGCGGCCGCCGAGGUGUCGCGAGAGCCGGGGCUGCCGCUCGGCUACGCAGUAAGCCGAGUGGGCCGGGCGCGUUCCGCGGGGCCGGCGGUUUGGGCGAGGUUGCUUGGGCCAGCGAGGGUGCGGGGCUCCGGGGCUCGGGGCUCGCCCCCGCCGCUCCGGGUAGGCGCGCCGAUGGCGUUUCUAGGGUGACGCUGCGCACACCGACUCUCUCCGGGGGCAGAGGAAACACCUAUGAACCCUUCGGCCUCCUUCCUGGCCGGGCGCCAGAACAUUGGGUCAGAAGUUGAGAUUUCCACUAUCGAGAAACAACGGAGAGAGCUGCAGCUGCUCAUUGGAGAAUUAAAAGAUCGAGAUAGAGAGCUCAAUGAUAUGGUUGCAGUACAUCAAAGACAACUUCUUUCAUGGGAAGAGGAUCGGCAGAAAGUGUUGACUUUGGAAGAACGUUGCAGCAAAUUAGAAGGUGAACUACAUAAAAGAACUGAAAUAAUCAGGUCACUCACAAAGAAAGUAAAAACCCUUGAAUCGAAUCAAAUUGAAUACCAGAGUACUCUUCAAAAGACUCAACUACAGCUUCAAGAAAUGGCCCAAAAGGCAACCCAUUCCACUCUCCUCUCUGAAGACCUUGAGGUUAGAAACGAAAAUCUCAGCAACACAUUAGUGGAACUUUCUGCUCAAGUGGGACAAUUGCAAGCUCGAGAACAGGCUCUCACCACCAUGAUAAAGCUGAAGGACAAAGAUAUUAUCGAGGCAGUCAAUCACAUUGCUGACUGUUCGGGUAAAUUUAAAUUGUUAGAGCAUGCCUUACGUGAUGCUAAGAUGGUGGAGACCUGUAUUGUGAAAGAAAAGCAAGAUUAUAAGCAGAAAUUGAAGGCACUUAAGAUUGAAGUCAAUAAGCUAAAAGAGGAUCUAAACGAAAAGACAACAGAAAAUAAUGGACAACGAGAAGAGAUCAUUCGCCUCAAGCAAGAGAAAAGUUGCCUGCAUGAUGAAUUGGUUUUUGCUGGUAAUAUGCUGUUUGGAUUUUUACAAGGAAAAUGCAUUUUAGAGAGAGACAGAAGGAAAGACGAGUUACUGGAUAUCGCAAAGUCAAAGCAAGAACGCAUGAGCGCAGAGCUGCAUAAUCUGCGACAGAUUUACAUAAAACAACAGCGUGAUCUGCAGUUUCUUAAUUUCAAUGUGGAAAGUUCUCAGGAAUUAAUACAGAUAUAUGACUCAAAGGUGGAGGAAUCAAAGGCCCUGGAAUCCAGCAGAGAAAUGUGUUUAUCAGACCUUGAAAAUAACCACCUAAAAGUCGAUUUUAAGAGGGAGGAAAAUCAGAAGUCACUGGUUAAGGACCAAAAAUUUGAGACCACGUUGGUUCAACAAAAUAAGUCAGACGAGAGCUCUUAUGAUGUAUGCAAAGAGAAGAAACUACAGGUUAAUACUUCAUUUGGGGGAAAAAGUGUAAUUGCUAUCUCAUCUCUACUUGCAAAAGACUUAGUGGAGAAACAAAAGUCUUGGUCUCCGGGAGGAAAAAUCCAGACUGAACCCGAAAACAAAAGUACAUUUUGCAAGAUCCACGCAAGAUCACCAAAAGGUAAUGGAGGUGGGAUUCAGAAUGAAGAGAAACAACGCUCGGAAACAUCAACAUCUGUAGCCGAUGAAAAGUGGCAUGACAUCAGCCUUUACCUGGGCCUGGCCAACUGUUCUGGUUCAAAACAACCAGAAAAGCUAGAUGUCAAAUGUCAAGAUCACCUGGAAAGGUCUGGAGUCUCAUGUUGCCAUAAAAGCGAAGCCUGUCUGGAUGAAAGCGACAUGUGGGAAUCCAAGUGCUGCCACCCAAGUAACUUCAUAAUCGAAGCUCCAGGCCACCUGUCUGACGUGGAAUGGAUGAGCAUCUUCAAGCCUUCCAGAGUGCAGAGAAUCGUGUGCCACAAAUCGGUGUGCACUUGUUCGGAAAGUGCCAGUGGAACCAAAUACAACUCCUCUACCAGUGAGCUGAUUGCCAGCCAGCAGUCCCACUGUUUGGGUUCUUCAAAAUCUGCCUUAAGAGAGGAUGAGAAGUUGAUAGAGAUGGAGUCCUCUUCUGAUAAAAAGAACUCAUCUAAGAUUUUGUUAGUCAACAAAGAUGCAGCAUUGCCCAGUGAAAAGGAUGAUUUUUCUCCCACAAGCAAGCUUCAGCGUUUGCUGGCAGAAUCCCGUCAGAUGGUUACAGAUCUGGAGCUGAGCACUCUGCUCCCCAUCAGCUCUGAGAAUCUCAGCAGCACCGCCAAAAAUGCCAUCAGCAUCAGCAAAGCUAUCAACACCCAGGAGGCCCCUGUGAAGGAGAAGCAUGCCCGGCGCAUCAUCCUGGGCACUCACCACGAGAAGGGGGCCUUCACCUUCUGGUCCUAUGCCAUCGGGCUGCCGCUUCCUAGCAGCUCCAUCCUCAGCUGGAAGUUCUGCCACGUCCUCCACAAGGUCCUUCGAGAUGGGCACCCCAACGUGCUGCACGACUGCCAGCGGUACCGGAGCAACAUCCGGGAGAUCGGAGACUUGUGGGGCCAUUUACAUGACCGAUAUGGGCAGCUGGUGAAUAUUUACACCAAACUCCUGCUGACCAAGAUCUCCUUCCACCUCAAGCACCCCGAGUUCCCUGCGGGCCUGGAGGUGACAGACGAGGUGUUGGAGAAGGCCGCUGGGACCGACGUCAACAACGUCUUCCAGCUCACCGUGGAGAUGUUCGAUUACAUGGACUGUGCGCUGAAGCUCUCUGAAUCAGUUUUCCGGCAGCUCAACACGGCCAUUGCCGUGUCCCAGAUGUCCUCAGGCCAGUGCCGCCUGGCCCCCCUCAUCCAGGUCAUCCAGGACUGCAGCCCCCUCUACCACUACACGGUCAAGCUCAUGUUCAAGCUGCACUCCUGCCUCCCGGCAGACACCCUGCAAGGCCACCGGGACCGGUUCCAUGAGCAGUUUCACAGCCUCAGAAACUUCUUCCGCAGAGCCUCUGACAUGCUCUACUUCAAGCGGCUCAUCCAGAUCCCCCGGCUGCCCGAGGGACCCCCCAACUUCCUGCGGGCCUCGGCGCUGGCCGAGCACAUCAAGCCGGUGGUGGUGAUUCCCGAGGAGGCCCCCGAGGACGAGGAGCCCGAGAACCUCAUCGAGAUCGGCUCGGGGCCCCCCGCCGCGGAACCAGCGGUGGUGGCUGACCUCUUUGAGCAGACAUUUGGACCCCCGAAUGGCUCCAUGAAGGACGACAGGGACCUCCAGAUAGAGACCUUGAAGAGGGAGGUGGAGACGCUCCGCACGGAGCUGGACAAGAUCCAGCUGGAGGCGCAGCGGUACAUGGCGCAGCUGAAGGGCCAGGUGAACGCGCUGGAGGCCGAGCUGGAGGAGCAGCGCAAGCAGAAGCAGAAGGCCCUGGUGGACAACGAGCAGCUGCGCCACGAGGUGGCCCGGCUGCGCGCCGCCCAGCUGGAGGGCGAGCGCCACCAGGGGCUGCGAGAGGAGGCGGAGAAGAAGGCCAGCGCCACCGAGGCGCGCUACAACAAGCUGAAGGAAAAGCACAGCGAGCUCAUCACCACGCACGCCGAGCUGCUCCGGAAGAACGCAGACACGGCCAAGCAGCUGACGGUGACACAGCAGAGCCAGGAGGAGGUGGCGCGGGUGAAGGAGCAGCUGGCCUUCCAGGUGGAGCAGGUGAAACGGGAGUCAGAGAUGAAGCUGGAGGAGCAGAGUGACCAGCUGGAGAAGCUCAAGAGGGAGCUGGAGGCCAAGGCGGGAGAGCUGGUGCGGGCGCAGGCGGCCCUGAGCCACGCGGAGCAGAGCGGGUUGGAGCUGAGCUCGAGGCUGGAUACGCUGAGUGCGGAGAAGGACACACUGAGCAGCGAAGUGCGGCAGCGGCAGGCUGAGCUGGUGGCAGCCCAGAGCCUGGUGCGGGAGAAGGAGGCGGCGCUGGACCAGGAGCAGCAGCGCAGCUCCAGGGAGAGGGGCGAGCUGCAGGGGCGGCUGGCAGACAAGGAGUCUCAGGAGCAGGGGCUGCAGCGCAGGCUGCUGGAUGAGCAGUUCGCCAUGCUGCGGGGCACCGCUGCCGAGGCCGAGCGCAUCCUACAGGACGCCGUGGGCAAGCUAGACGACCCCCUGCACCUGCGCUGCACCAGCUCUCCGGACUACCUGGUGAGCAGGGCCCAGGCUGCCCUGGAUGCCGUGAGCACCCUGGAGAAGGGCCACGCCCAAUACCUGAUCUCCAGGGCAGACGCCUCUGCCCUUGUGGCAGCCCUGACCCGGUUCUCCCACCUGGCCGCGGACACCAUCGUCCACGGCAGUGCCACCUCCCACCUGGCCCCCACUGACCCUGCUGACCGCCUGAUCGACACCUGCAGGGAGUGUGGAGUGCGGGCGCUGGAGCUCGUGAGGCAGCUGCAGGAUCAGCAGGCUCUGCUGCAGGCCCAGCCCAGCCUGGUGCAGACCCCCCUGCAGGGCAUCCUUCAGCUGGGCCAGGAGCUGAAGCCCAAGAUCCUGGACGUGCGUCAGGAGGAACUCGGGGCUGUGGUGGACAAGGAGAUGGCGGCCACGUCUGCGGCCAUCGAAGAUGCGGUGCGGAGAAUCGAGGACGUGAUGAACCAGGCCCGCCAUGCCAGCUCUGGGGUGAAGCUGGAGGUGAAUGAGAGGAUCCUCAACUCCUGCACAGACCUGAUGAAGGCCAUCCGGCUCCUGGUGACAACAUCCACGAGCCUGCAGAAGGAGAUCGUGGAGAGCGGCAGGGGGGCAGCCACGCAGCAGGAAUUUUACGCCAAGAAUUCCAGGUGGACAGAAGGCCUCAUCUCCGCCUCCAAGGCCGUGGGCUGGGGAGCCACGCAGCUGGUGGAGUCAGCUGACAGGGUGGUGCUUCACACGGGCAAGUACGAGGAGCUCAUCGUCUGCUCCCACGAGAUCGCGGCCAGCACAGCCCAGCUGGUGGCGGCCUCCAAGGUGAAGGCCGACAAGCACAGCCCACACCUGAGUCGCCUGCAGGAAUGCUCACGCGCCGUCAAUGAGAUGGCCGCCAGCGUGGUGGCCUCCACCAGGUCGGGCCAGGAGCAGAUCGAGGACAGAGACACCAUGGACUUCUCCGGCCUCUCCCUCAUCAAGCUGAAGAAGCAGGAGAUGGAGACCCAGGUGCGGGUCCUGGAGCUGGAGAAGACGCUGGAGGUGGAGCGCGUGCGGCUGGGCGAGCUGCGGAAGCAGCACUACAUGCUGGCCGGGGCCGUGGGGACGCCCGGUGCGGAUGAGCCCGGCCGGCCCAGCGCUGCCCCCCGCGGUGGGACCUCCAAGAAGCCGCCCCUGGCCCAGAAGCCCAGCGUGGCCCCCAGGCAGGACCAGCAGCUUGACAAAAAGGAUGGCAGCUACGCGGCUCCACUCGUCAACUACUAGCCACUACCACCCCCGCGCCCGAGGGGUCCAGCGGGGAGGCUGACGGCCAGGCCUGGGCCUCGUGGCUGAGGAGCCUCUGAGAAGGCCCAGCCCUCGCUGAGCGCAAGGGCUCAGGGCUGACCGGGGCUGACCGGAGCAGUUCUUCCCGGACGAGAGCCUAGUUACCUGCAACAGGAACUUCUCAGAGCAGCCAGGACCCAGCAGGCCUGAGCCACAGCUCUUCAGGAAAUACACGGAGCAUUUCUAAUAUUCUGAGUUAGAUCUUUUGUGAGUUUGUGUGCAACACACCAGAAAGCAGGGCUACGGGAAGGGGUGUUUGUUUGGGCCGGGCCUCCCCUGCCCCUGGGACUCGUGGUCUGAGGUUAGAGGUGACUAGAACACAGUCUGUGCUGGCUGUUGGGGACAUGGGGAAGACAUCACCUGUUCGUGGCCUUCUUGGGACCUGGUGCGGCCUCAGGCAAAGCAGGAUGCUCUUAGGUGGGCUGGGGGUAGCGCCCCUUUCUCCUUGGGCCUCGCUCUAGGGCGUCAGUGACCGUGAGCGCUGAGGACGAGACCCUUGCCUGGGAAGGGGGACAGGCCGGGUGCUGCCAUCCUCCUGGAGUCUGUUCCUGCUGGAACCUGCGGUGACCCUCCUGCUUCCUGUUUUUCUUUCCCCUGGUCUGGCUGCCCCUCCCCAUGCCCAGCCACCUCAUUCCUCCCUUUGCCUCCCCAUCCCUGGGAGGUUUCCAGCCCUCCCGCAGGCCUCUCCAACUUAGCCAGAAAAAGCCCAGAAACUAGGAGCUGCCUGCGCCCUCUUCGGAUCAGAUCAAAGGCACCUGGUGCUCCUGGGGCAGGGGGCAGCCCUCCGGGAGGGCUGAACGCGCUCUCCUCGAGCCCCCCGCCUCCUCCUGGGAAGAGGGAGGCCUGGCUGGAAGGAAGAAUCUCGGCCUGGAGAGGAGCACAAGGCGGCAGCUCGAUUCGCUUUGCGUGUAGUAUUUCCUCGUGUUGAAGUGUCUGUCAGAUCAGCAAUAAACCGCACUUUGACUGUUGUCACCCCACA